AACAGAUCCCCCCCCUUGUCUUCAUCAGAAGAAACUGGUUGGUCCUAAUAACUCAGCCUAUUCCAGUAAACGCAUCCCGUUUCCUCCCAGCUUCCCUCCCGCCUUGCCUGCCAUAGAAAGAACUCCCCCCCAACAAAAGAGAGGGGGGCGCUUCUCCAGGUCUCCUCCCCCAGCGGUGGUGGUGGUAGGGAGAGGAGGAGGCAGUCCGCCCGCGAGAAGGGCGGGGGCUGGCUCCUGCUCUCCUUCCCUCCCUCCUUCUUUCUCUCUCUUUCCAAGUUUCUGCUCCUCCCUCCUUCGCACAAACUUUCUCGCUCUUGGUCGGCGCCCGGCUAGCUCUUUUCGGUCCGCGGCGGAUUUCUCAGCCAGCCACCCACCCGCGCCUCCUCCCCCCUCCUUUCCUGCUGCCCUGUCACCUUCUCCCCCUAACCGAACCAGAGCCUCAACCGGCGGGACCACCACCCACCCUUCCCCGGACGGAGUACGGAGUUGACGAGUUGCCAUUUGGGGCUCAGGGUCGGAGCCCAGAGCAGCCAUCACAAUAGCGUCCAACAGCUGGAACGCCAGCGGCAGCCCCGGGGAGGGGCGAGAAGAUGGACAGGAAGGGAUGGACAAGAGUCUGGACAAUGAUGCCGAAGGAGUGUGGAGUCCAGACAUUGAACAGAGCUUCCAGGAGGCGUUGGCAAUAUACCCGCCCUGUGGCCGGCGGAAGAUUAUUCUCUCGGAUGAGGGCAAAAUGUAUGGUCGCAAUGAAUUGAUAGCAAGGUACAUCAAGUUACGGACGGGGAAAACAAGGACAAGAAAACAGGUGUCCAGCCAUAUACAGGUUCUAGCUCGGAAGAAGGUGCGAGAGUACCAGGUUGGCAUUAAGGUCUCUAGCCACUUGCAGGUUCUAGCCAGACGGAAAUCUCGUGAGAUUCAGUCGAAGCUGAAGGCUAUGAACUUGGAUCAGGUCUCAAAGGACAAGGCUCUGCAAAGUAUGGCUUCCAUGUCAUCAGCACAGAUCGUAUCUGCCAGUGUCCUGCAGAACAAGCUCAGCCCCCCUCCUCCACUUCCUCAGGCUGUCUUCUCUGCUGCUCCCAGGUUUUGGAGUGGGCCUAUCCCAGGACAGUCUGGACCUUCUCAGGACAUUAAACCAUUUGCACAACCAGCCUACCCCAUCCAGCCACCCAUGCCUCCAUCACUAGCCAGCUAUGAGCCCCUGGCUCCUCUCCCACCCGCUGCCUCGGCUGUGCCAGUCUGGCAGGACCGCACCAUCGCCUCCACGAAGCUGCGGCUCCUUGAGUAUUCAGCAUUUAUGGAAGUGCAGCGUGACCCUGAAACGUAUAGCAAGCACCUUUUUGUGCAUAUUGGACAGACGAACCCUUCAUACAGCGACCCGCUGUUGGAGGCAGUGGACAUCCGCCAGAUCUAUGACAAGUUCCCCGAGAAGAAAGGUGGCCUGAAAGAGCUCUAUGAAAGGGGACCCCAGAACUCCUUUUUCCUAGUCAAGUUCUGGGCGGAUCUGAACAGCACCAUUCAGGAUGGUCCUGGUGCUUUUUAUGGCGUAAGCAGUCAGUAUAGCAGUGCAGAAAACAUGACUAUCACAGUCUCCACUAAGGUGUGCUCCUUUGGAAAGCAAGUAGUUGAGAAGGUGGAGACGGAAUUUGCCCGGAUGGAGAAUGGACGGUGUGUGUACCGAAUCCAUCGAUCCCCCAUGUGCGAGUAUAUGAUCAACUUCAUCCAUAAACUGAAACACCUCCCAGAAAAAUACAUGAUGAACAGUGUCCUGGAGAAUUUCACCAUCUUGCAGGUUGUAACAAACAGAGAUACCCAGGAAACCUUGCUGUGCAUAGCCUUUGUUUUUGAGGUAUCCACCAGUGAGCAUGGAGCCCAGCAUCAUGUGUACAAGUUGGUCAAAGACUAGAGGCCGCUUUAGGGUGACUGGGCAAUUUGAGGAGAGAAGUCUUGACAGAGAAGCCACCCGUAUUGGAUGCCUUGAUGCAAGUCUUUUGGAAAUGAACACACACAUACAAAAAGCAAUGCCAAAAAAGACUGUUUCACAAUCACAGAUGUUUUCUACUUAAGAACAAUUUUUUUAAAAAAAAACAGUAAAGAAAAGCAUUACAGGAAAGCAUAAAGUGGAUGGAGAGUUGUGUCUGGACGCAGCAGGGAGAGCUGUUCCUGGGGGCUAGGUCAUCAGUGUUUCAGGAGAUGUUGGUGCCAAGGCCUGGUACCUCUGAAUGCCUUUCCCAGCACAUAGUACUAGAACAAUCUGGUGAAAUUAAACUGCCAACGUCUUAAUACCUGGACGUGCAUAUAUUUUCCAUGCCAAGAUCCGGAUUUGGUCCUCGAAACCAGUUUUGCUUGGGUGGCUUUCAUCCAGAGAAAAGCAUUAUGUGAGGGCUGCUAAAGAUGACUGUUCUGAGAGAAGAUGGGAAAUCACAUGCCACCUUGUUUAUGUUACUAAUCCCACUCUGUUCUAGACGGUGACAAGAUGAAGAGUUUUCUUCAGCCUCUUGCCACAGACUGUGUGCAGAGCCAGCACAGAGAAUUGGUAGAUUGUGUCUUGUUGUGGCAUGUACCACCCAUGGGUUAAUUUCAAGAAAGUGGUUUUAUUCCCACAAUGUCCUGGGUAUUUUCUAUUGCAGGAUAUGGUGGUGAUGGGAGGGCACCAGGAGUUGAUUAUGGCAGGAAUAUGGCAAUUUUACAUCCAUAUCCCAGAUGUUUGGGUAACAAACAGGAGUAUGAUUGCAGAAUUGUGUGUGUGUACUCAAACAAGAAAAGGAGAACCUUGAACAUAUCUGUCUUUGGGAUGUUAAAAGGUUAGAGUAUGUACUAAGAGGAAGGAGGGGUGCUCAGCUGGAGGAAAGCAAUUCAGGGAAUCUAGAUGAGGCAGGUUACAGAUAAGCAGACUGACUCUAGGUGGGCUGUGAGAUGACUGGAAUAAUAUUUGGACUGGCUAAGGUUGAGUAAUUUGGGGGAGAAAUCUGAACUUCUAUGGGAUUUUUAACCAGCUCUCAAUUGAGCAUUUUUUUUUGUAUCUGCCAUGUCAAAAACAACAUGGAAAAAGCUUAGACCAAAGUUCUUGCUGCCUGGGCAUUGUUCUGGUAAGAUAUUAAUUCCCUUCUGCUUCUCUGUUCAUCUGUGGUAGUCAUCCAGGAAAGAGCAGGAUCUAAAUAUCAUGAUGCAAGUCUUUUCCCUGGAUUAUAUAUUUUCCACCUAAGACAUCUGCAUGAAGGCUGCUAAAACCAAAGCAAAAAUUGUGUAGUCGAAAACCCAGGGAGGUGCUGAAAGAUGAAACAAAGCACAAUUUGUUAUACAAAAUCCCUCUUUAUUUGAAAGCUGUACUGUUUGCUGUUGGAAAUGCUGAAGAACAUUUCUCUGUAAGGUUGAAGUGUAAAUGUGAGCCCCUGUACCUUAAGCCUGGAGACUAACACCAUGGGCGUAUAAUUUAAAUCGGUGCUUGUAGGAAUCCUGUUACAUUAAUAGUGCCAAGUUAUCAGUACCCUAACUGUACAUGGCACCUCCAGGGCUCAUGCCCAUAGGUUUCAGCUAUUUGUCUAAACACUAGUUAGUAGUUUUAAAUAAUAGAUGAACUAACAGAAUGUAAGGUUGUGCCUUUUUUUUACCAUUGAGCUUUUUUCCUGUUUUGUCCUUCAGCUUUUCCUUGGUUAUAUGGUGGUUUGUUUUUAAGUUGAUUGAUUUUCAUUUUUAAAAAUUCUCCCUGCUCCAUCCUUUCUUUAAUCUGGUAUACUCUUAAAUCAACCCACAGACUAAUGUCCACCCUAUGCUCUCACAGACCCAGUGACAUUCAUAUGGAGAAGCCUCAAAGCCUCAGGAAAAAAGGUGCAAUACAAUGCAAUAAGAAAGAAAGAAAAAGAAAAGCCAUUUGUAGGGAAGAAGAGAAUGUGAGGUUGUCACUUCUAGGAGGAAUUGGAAUGCACAGACAUAAGCCUGCAGCUACAAAUCUUCAUGCAUGGGCUAUCUGUCUGUGUUUAAAAUGGAGCUGUUCUAAGGUUGAUCCAACACAUUUUGCUGCCCAAGGCUGAGCAGCAAUUGCCUCCUCACCCCCAGUCAAGGUGCAUAGUACUCGAGGCCAAACGAGUUACCUUGGUUCCUGAGGCAGAAAAUCCCACAACGGCAUCUUCCUACCCCUGAUAGUAAAAAUACAAUAAUAAUAAUUGAAACGACAAUUUCCUUUUCAUGACACCCAAAAUCAGCUACCACUUCCCUCUACCUAAUGGUAGGACCAGCCCAGGCUGUAAGGAGAGAUUUCACUACCAGGAUCAUUUUCAUAGUGGUAUCAAGAUGUAUGCAGUGGGAUUGCCAAAGAUAGUGGAAGGGGGCUGGGAAUUCAGGAUGUGUUUGGUGGGAAAGUCCGUGAAGAACAGAUGGAUUGUGACCAUGCAGAGGCAAACAGUUGGGUGCAUUUCAUUGUAAUGUAAGGUUCAAGUUAAAAUCAAGAGCUCCUGCCUUCACAUUUUUUAUUUCUCACUUGUUUUUUUCACAUUUCCCCCCACUUGUCUUUUCUGCCAUUGUCUGUCUUAGAGGUAGGAGGUAAUGUCAUGGAAACGUCUCAUAACUGACUUGGGCCUCUCCUAGGUUUGGCCUGCAUCACCACUGUAUUGUUGAUUUAGUACCCAUAUUUUGGCUAUCUAGAUAGUCACUUUUUGCAUGAAGGACCAUGCACAAAGCCAUUGGCUCACUCAAAGUAAGUCUGGCUAAUGUAGACUAAGAAUAUUCCCAGGAGUCUUCAGACUAUCCUUUGAAUACAACAUUCAGCUACAAGGUGACACCAUGAGAACAACUGACAGUCAUUUCCUAAUUUUUUGAAGGACAUUUUUAAUGUAAGAAUUUUUCCUGUGAAGUGGUUUUUAACUGAUGCCAUCCAAGGACUUCUGGAAACCUCCACUAGAAUUUUGAAAUGAACACUCCUUUGUGUGCUAUGUGAGACGCCUGAGAUGGUAACACUGAUGGGAAUGGUGUGUGGGGACUGGUUUAGUAUGCCGCAAGUUACAAAUUGUUUGCCUUGUUUUGUAACACAUGUUGCCCUCUUGGGAGAUGAGUAACAGGUGCUGGAAGUUCUAAAAAGCAGUGGUAAUUAAAUUCAGAUGGGGACCUCCUCUAUUCCCUGCCUUCAACAUGAUAAUCCUACUGCACCGUCCUUGGCAAAGUUGAUGUCCCAUGCAUGAUUAUGUAAUGUUUUGAGCAAACUGGGUUCUGUAGUGCCACAACUUUCUCUCCAGUGUAUUACUCUUAGGAAGAACUGGCUGCCCUGUAAAAGACAGUGUCAGAUUUGCUUCAGGUACGUUUUUCAGACCCCUGUGCAUUAGGGGAAAGGUACAGCAUCCUUGGAAUCAAAUAACACCUGUUGUAACUAAAGUUGGAGGAGGUAUUGUUAAAAGGGGCAGGAUUUUGAAUUCCUUAUGAAUACAGCCAGAGCCUCUACAUCUGUAAUGAGGGGAAAGCUGGCUAGUUUAUAUGUAGCAUGUUUAUUUUUAUUCCUAGAUCAAAAACUCUGGGAAUUAAGGUUAAAACUUUCCCUGUUCUUAACCUAUGUACAAUAAAAUACCCCUUUCUGCUAAACAUACCUUUUUAAGGGAGGGCAUAUAUAACCCCCUAGGGCAGACUUCACUGUACACUUGGGGAGAGUGGAGCAGGGCCUUAGUCUUGCCUAACCCCAAACUUCUUUAUAUACAAACUGUUCCUUGUAUUUUAUCCACAAUCUAAAACCCAGUUGGAGCCUUUAGAAAAAAAACUCCUCUUAAACUGGACUAUGUUAACAUUUCUCAUCCUUUCCUUUUCAGUCCUUCCAUGCCAUACCAUUCUUGAUUUCAGUGCAACAUGUAGUUAGGUCCCAUUCCCAGCCUUCCUGUUUGUAGAAUCCCCUGCACCUUUUGGCCUCAAGUUUGUGAGCACAAAUACACAUACAAACCACUGCCCAUCUGGUGUGUCCCCCUCAGAGAAUGGUAGCAAGGCUAAGGAAAUGUCAGCUUCAUGAAUCUCACUUGGUUGGACAUAAUACAGGUACCCAAAAACUCAGUAAGCAAGUCCCUCCCACAUACCAUGUAUUUAUGAAUUUCACAUGAAGUACUGUUUUAUUUUUUUAAAGACUUUGUAAAGCUUACCAGGGUAAUGGUCACCUUUUUUAGAGCUCUGUCAGUCCACAGUGUAAAACCAUUUUUAUGUAUUAUAUUUUGUGUAUUUUUUAAUCCAGCUGUGAUGGGUUGUAUCAUAUAUUGUUGUGUUUACUGUAUGUCCAUCUUCAAGUAGAUGAUGAGACAGUGGAGCUUCUAGAAAGCUAUGGUCUGCUGAAAACUAUUAAACUUAUUUGUUCAUGGGUUGGCUCAAAUA